AGAGCCACUGUGUGUGUGUCUGAGUCUGUGGCUGUUGCUGAUGGGGUUGUUGUGCCCAUACAACAGUGGAUGAGGCUUCAAUGUCCCACUGACACUGAAUCCCAGAUGAGCAGUGCAGGAGUGAGCUACCAGGAGUUGUUCUUGCUCCUGAAGACAUAACUAAUUAAACAACUGGGUGGGGAGGGGGCAGAACUGGCAAAAAUAAGGAAAUACUUCUGGGAGUGAAUUGAAGAGUUAAAUGCUACAUUUUAUGACCACAAAGCUGCUGUAAUAGGUUAAAACUAACACCUUACUAAAGAGAACAUGAAUAUUCAAGUAAGAGGGAAAUAGGUGAGGGGCUGCCUGGAUUUUUCCAGCUCCAACCAGCCGUCAAGUCAAAAUUUCCGGUCGCCCAUUUGAUUUUUAUGGGUCUCUGAACACAGAGAGCUCAGAAUAAUUAGAUUCUGUGGUUGUGGAAGUGACUGAUUAUUUACAAUGACUCCUGAGUGUGUCGAGUGGAGGUAAUGUUUGAGCAAACGUUUCCUUUCAAGUUAUAUUUUCCAAAAGAAAAGAUUAUUUUUUUCUUUUGUAAAUUCAAGUGGCUUUUCGUUUUGUUUGUGAAUCCAUUUCACCUUUGUUGUUAAAUUCUGACGCUGAACAUUCUUUCCUCGCAAGUGCCUCAGCCUAAGGUGAAGAUGAUUUUCGUGCUGCAAAUUAUGUCCUUCACUUUGGCCUUUGUGUCUACGUUCUUCUUGAUUGUGGCUACCUGGACAGAUUGUUGGAUGGUAAAUGCUGAUGAUAGUUUGGAGGUCAGUCAGAAAUGCAGGGGUUUGUGGUGGGAGUGCGUCACAAACUCCAUGGACGGAAUCAGAACAUGCGAUCAAUAUGACUCCAUAUUAGCAGAACAUCCACUAAAGAUAGUGCUCACUCGAGCGUUAAUGAUUACAGCAGACAUUCUGGCAGGCUUUGCACUUAUUAUAUUAAUGUUUGGAUUGGACUGUGUGAAGAUUCUAAGAGACGAACCUCAGAUCAAAUUAAGGAUCUGUUACAUGGCAGGAUUCAUUUUUGGAAUAGGAGGAAUUCCAGGAAUGAUCGGUUCUGUGUGGUAUGCCGUGGAUGUGUAUGUGGAGAGAGCGACACUGGUACUGCAGAAUGUCUUUUUAGGAAUCCAGUAUGAAUUCGGUUGGUCUUGCUGGUUGGGAAUGGCUGGGUCAACAGGCUGCUUCUUGGCUUCUAUCAUGUUAACCUGUUGCCUUUAUCUUUUCAGAGAUUUGAGAACGGCCCGAUACAAUCUAUCCUUCUAUCAGUAUGGGAGAACAGCCACUGGCAAAAUGUACGCCAUGGAUUCGCGUGUCUAGAAGCUUCUGUUCUAGAACUGUCUACCAGAGUUCCAUACAGCAGCUUCUCCUGUCUGUCAAGGACAUAUGAUAUCCUUAAAAAUAAGGUGAAAGGCUACAUAUUGCAGCUGGUUUUAAUUGUCAGUGCUAUUGAAUUGUUUCGUUGUGUAACACUGAAUCGCCAAGUGGAGGCCCUGAUGUAGUUUAGUCAAAUGCAAUCAUCAAGUGAAAUCACAACUUUCUAUUUAGAAGAAUAAAUUGUUUUAAUAAAUCCUUUUCGUGUAGUUGUGAUGAAAAGCCUGAUAUCACGUGACAAAAAGAAUAAAACAAGCCUUUGGAAAGUG